AUGAAUUUUUGGUUAUAUUUUAUAGUAAUUUUAAUAUUAGGUGCAAGAAUAAUCAAACAACAAGAAGAUGAUGAUGAAAAUAUAUAUCCUGACAUAGAUUUCUUGCUCUACGAACUUGAUAAUGUACUUGAUGAUAAUUUAAAAUCGAUUUCAGAAGAGCUUCUUCACAAAUGUCAAAUAGCUCUUGCACUUUGGUCAAUUGAUGGACGUGAAGAUACUGAUUAUCCAUCAUCUACACCUAUAGAUCAUGCAAAUGCUGAUCGUUUAAUAAAUAAAUUUAAACAAACAUAUUUUGACAUAGGUGGUGAUCCAUUUAAUCGAGAAGGUUUUGUACGUGAUGUAUUUACUCUUAAAUAUCAAUGGAUUAUUUCAGCAGUACAAUAUUAUAGAUUUAUCAAUUAUUAUGAUACUGAAUGGAAUCCAGUCAAUAUGUCGAAAUUGUUUGAAUGGAAUGUAUAUCCAAUUGACUUCAUAGAUGGUUUUGCACCAAUGUAUCAUCUUGAACGUAGUUAUACGGAUGAAUUUGGUUAUACUUAUAUGUUAGGACGUAAAAUUCAACUUACUUAUCAUGAAUCAUUGGUGAACUUUGGUGAUUAUUGUCCAUCAUACAUGGAACUUAAAACAUUGAUUAUUGGUGAUAUAACUGGUGAAGCAUCAAUACUUCCUCUUAUUGCUUCUGGUUAUUUAGAAGAAUAA